AUGUGCACUAAUGAGGCUGUAGUGAUGGGCACUGAUAGGUGGUACUAAUGGGCAUUGACAGGCGGCACUGACUGGCACUGUUGGGUGCAGGGGCGGACUGACAACUCAUGGGGCCCCCGAGCAAUAGGGGAUCAUGGGGCCCCUGUGUCCUCGCCCACACUCAAACCACACCCAAAAAAGCCUAUGAAAGGUACCAGGGGCAUCUCAUGGGGGACCUCGGGCACUGCCUGAGUUUCCAAAUGGUCAGUCCGCCCCUGCUCGCAAGUCUGGCA